GAGAGUGCUGAGGAGAUGAGGAUGCAGUGGCUCAAUGCAUUAUUCUUCAUCUGGAUCCACUGUCAUAUGUGCAGGACAGAGUUUGAGCUGACUUUACUCCACACUAAUGAUGUUCACGCACGAGUGGAGGAGACCAACAAGGACUCGGGGAAAUGCACCAAACCGCCUUGUUUCGCUGGAGUCGCGCGGAGGUUUACGAAAAUCAAAGAAGUUCGCAGCUCGGAGAAGAAUGUGCUGCUGCUGGACGCGGGAGAUCAGUUUCAGGGGACCGUCUGGUUUAACUUCUACAAAGGCGCAGAAGCGGCACAUUUCAUGAAUAGACUCGGAUAUGAUGCGAUGGCUUUAGGAAAUCAUGAGUUUGACAAUGGAGUGGAUGGCCUCCUAGCCCCUUUCCUUCAAAAAGUGAACUGCACUGUUCUUAGUGCAAACAUUAAAGCCGAUCAAACGAUUGCUUCUCGGAUCAGCGGAUUCUAUUUUCCAUAUAAGAUCUUCACUGUUAACUCAGAGAAAGUGGGUGUUGUUGGUUACACAUCAGUUGAGACCCCUGCUUUGUCUCUACCAGGUCCCCAUCUCCAGUUCGAGGAUGAGGUUACUGCCUUACAGCCUCAAGUGGACAAACUAAUUGCUUUGGGUGUAAAUAAGAUCAUCGCCCUUGGACAUUCUGGGUUCAAAGUGGACCAAUAUAUAGCAAAGAAAGUUAGAGGAGUGGAUGUUGUGAUUGGAGGGCACACCAAUACAUUCCUUUACACAGGAACUCCACCAUCCACAGAAGUUCCUGCAGGCCCAUAUCCAUUCAUGGUCCAAUCAGACGAUGGGCGCCAGGUUCCUGUGGUCCAGGCCUAUGCCUUUGGAAAGUAUCUGGGAUUCCUAAAAGUGACUUUUGAUUCAAGUGGAAAUGUGGUGAAGUCUUCAGGCAAUCCAAUUCUUCUGGAUAACUCAACAGCACCAGAUCCAGUCAUUCAGACUGAAGUGGACUCUUGGAGGAAGAAUCUGGCCAAUUACUCUGCUCAGUAUGUGGGACAGACUCUAGUUUAUCUCAAUGGAACCUUUGAGGAAUGUCGAUUUCGUGAAUGUAAUUUGGGAAAUUUGAUCUGUGAUGCCAUGGUCCAUAAUAAUAUUAAAUAUGCUGAUGAAAUCCAGUGGAACCAUGUCAGCUCUUGUAUUCUGAACGGUGGAGCCAUUCGAUCACCUAUUGAUGAGCGAAACCGAAAUGGCUCCAUCACAAUGGAGGAUCUGAUCGCCGUGUUGCCAUUUGGAGGUACAUUUGACCUGGUCCAAAUGAAUGGAUCUACUCUGCGAGAGGUCUUUGAGCACUCCAUUCGCAGAUACGGUGGAAGCACUGGUGAAUUCCUACAAGUGUCAGGGUUUCAGGUAGUGUAUGAUUUAUCAAAAUCACCUGGAAACCGUGUCAAACGCUUGAAUGUGCUCUGCACUGAGUGUCGAGUACCCCGCUAUGAACCACUCAACCCAAAGAAGGUGUAUAAAGUGGUGCUGCCCUCUUACCUAGUGGACGGAGGAGAUGGAUACUCUAUGAUCAAAGAACAGAAACUCAAACAUGACAGCGGCGACCUGGAUAUAGCAGUCGUUGCCAGCUACAUCUCGGAGAGAAAGAGAGUUCAUCCAGCUGUGGAAGGACGUAUUCAGUUUGCAAGCUCUUCUAUUGGACAUCGAGGAUGUAUGUCCACUAUUCUGCUGGUGUGGGUACUCUGGGUCAUGUUUGUUUAGUCAUUUAUUAAGUAUUUGUGAAAAACAAAAAACAUGUAUCCAUUUGUGUGUAACUGUACAGUCAGAGAGAAAAAAACCUUUAAUCCAAAGAUUAGUUAUUGUCAUAGAAGCGAACAGAUUAACUGGCAAAACUGUGAUGUAGAAAGGAUCAAAAGAAAGUCAGUCAUCUUUUUACACGUUCUUAUUCUAUAGGGUUCUAUAGGGUUACAGGCACUUAUUCUAUAGGGUUCUAUAGGGUUACAGGCACUAGGGUUCUAUAGGGUUACAGGCACUUAUUCUAUAGGGUUCUAUAGGGUUACAGGCACUUAUUCUAUAGGGUUCUAUAGGGUUACAGGCACUAGGGUUCUAUAGGGUUACAGGCACUUAUUCUAUAGGGUUCUAUAGGGUUACAGGCACUUAUUCUAUAGGGUUCUAUAGGGUUACAGGCACUUAUUCUAUAGGGUUCUAUAGGGUUACAGGCACUAUCUAGUACCUCUUUAAAAUUCAUAGAAUUCAUAGGGGCUAAACUAUGCUGAAUCUCACAAAGAGAUGUCCAGAUCAUAUUGCACUACAACAUUUUUGCUAUAAAAGCUUAUCUUUUGGCCCAUUAAGAUAUUUUGGUAAUAUUUCAUGAUAAUUCAGCUAACCCUAAGCUCAAAUUCUCAUGACUGCAAUGUGAAAAUAAAAAAGUAGAAUUUACAUUAUGCGUCAUUUAGUUAAUUUUGAAUUUAAUUGUUUUAUUUUACAGUAAUAAUUUGGUCCUCAGAGACAUUUUCUUUAUUCAAAAUAUAUUUUCAUAUUUUCUUAAUUAUGAACUGUACAUCUUUUCAUGAGACUCUUAUAAAAAAGGGUAACUUUUUUUAUCUGUGAUUAGUUUCUUGAUGAUGAUUAUCGAUAGAGGUUUGUCUGGCAAGAAAUCUCCAUCCUCUUUUUUUUUCUAAGGUAGUUAUUAAUAUUUUUAUAAAGCAUUUAUUUUAAAUAUGUUAUAUAUUAAAAAAAGAAGAUGUAUUGUAAAACACAUAACCAGGGACAAAGUUGCUGGAUAUAUUAAGAUUUUAUUUACCGAGCACAAAGCCAGAACAUUUACAAAAAAAAAAAAGAAAAAAUAAAUUCAGUACUUUUAUUUUGCACAUUGCUGUGACACUAUGUGAAACGUCUCAGUUCUGUCAUAGAUUUUUUUUUUAAUGGUCUGUAUCUUGUCUUUUUGAGUAUCUUCACAGAGUUUAAAAUGGUUUAUUUACAUCUGAUCUGAAGAAUGUUUUCAUGCUGAUAAUGACAUUAUGCAUGUUGAAUCACAUGAUCUACUUGAUCCAAACCUUUCGUUUUAAUGCUGUCACUAUUAGACUGUAAAAAUAAGGCAGGCUUCCAAUGAUUCGAUGAAUAACCAUGGCAUACAAACCCCAUUUAAGUCAAUAAAUAAUUGUAUUUCAGUAGUGCAAUAAACGCUUUAUAAUGUU